AUGCAGCGGGUUGACGAUCCUGAUCGUCGCAGCAGGCGAGACCAAUUGUGGAAUGAUAAGCGCCUGCUUUCGAAAUCCACGUCGUCAUCCACUCGUUCAUCAAGACACGCACGCAUUUCUCCGGAAUCUCGUGCUCCAGGUCUGUUGGAGCAUUCCGCGGGGCAGGAAUGUGUGCGUCGGUGGCUGCUGCUGCACAGGAGAAUAGUAUGUCGAGAGAAUGAACGGCCAAUACGAUCCCUCGACAGCCCUCUACUCUCAUUCCAUCGAUAUGACGCUUUGCAAAUCACUCAAUCGGUCGGUCGGAUCAUGGAGACAUGCCGAUGCGCAUUGGUCCCGGUCACCUAG